UCGAACCCGCGUCGUGGCAUGAUGUUAGCGUGCCGCUCCCUGCUGCUCACCUGGCUGAUGCUCACCGCCGGAGUCCGGAGCCAGAGACCCUGUACAGACCUGCUGCCUCUCGACCUGCUGGCCAGAGCCCUGCCACCCCCAGGACAAGCCCCGCCCCCACAGAUCCAGAUGGUUCAGUCCAAAGGAUCCAGAGGUCUCCGAUUGGUCGGCGCCGUGACGUCAGCGCUGAGUUUCCCCGCCUCUCAAAUCUUCAGCAACUGUGACUACUUCCCUGCCGAGUUCUCAUUGGUCGCCACCAUCAAGACGCGGAGCCUGGCACAGAAGAGGAGCGAGUACAUCUUCUCUGUCGUGGAGGAGGCAUCUGAUUCGCUGCUGCUCGGACUGCGCGUCUCCGAGAACCGCCUCCACUUCCUAGCCACGCCCCCUGGCGUCGGUGGGCGGAGCCGGCUGAGCUUUAAGGACGUUGGACUGGACGAUAACCGCUGGCACACGGUGGUGUUGGCCGUCACCGGACCGUACGCCACGCUGACCAUCGACUGUGGACUUCCUCUUGAGCUUAAACAGGUCCAGUCGUUCCCAGGCGCUCUGAGUACCAGAGGGUCCAGGUUCUUCAUCGGCAGCAGGAGGAGGUUGAGGGGCCGCUUCUCUGGUCUACUGCGUCAGCUGGUUCUUCUUCCUGGUUCAGACGCAACGCCCAGACUGUGCCCGACCUCUGACCCCGGCCUGGCUGAGCUGUCUGUCCCCCAGGUCCUAAAGUCCACCCCUCUACAGCCCGAGGGCCAUGACGCGGUUUACCCGUACGAGGCGGAGGCCCGAGUGACUCUGGGAAGUCCUCCUCCGUGUGCGGGACCAGAGCUGGGCCAGCUGUGGUUCAACGCUCAGGGGAAGGGCCUCUUCGUCUGUGACGGACUCACCUGGAGGACCCUGCUGCAGAAUCAGGAGCGUCUGGACUACGUGGAGGACUACCAGGACCUGUACACCAGCUCGGAAACCUUCGAUGUCGAGGUCUUCUCCAUCCCGUCUGAAGGUCUGUUCAUGGCCGCAGCCAACAGGGACUCUCGUCCCGGUUCAGGUCUUUACCGAUGGAGAAAUGGGUCGUUCCAGCUCUACCAAAACAUCAGCACUCAGGAGGCUCGAGCCUGGAAACACUUCACCAUCGGCGAGCAGAUUUUCUUGGUGGUGGCGAACUCCAUGGAGGCGGAGCCUGAGCUGUCCGUGAUCUACCGGUGGAAUCAGCGGCGGCGGCGUUUCCUCCGUCACCAAACUCUGGAGACCCACGCCGCUCUGGACUGGGAGGCCUUUCACAUCCACAACCACAGCUUCCUGGUGGUAGCCAAUCACAGGCAAGAGUCCAACCACAACAUCCACAGUGUGAUCUACAGGUGGAACCACAACACAAAGCUGUUUGAGGUGAACCAGACUCUGCCCACGUCGGGGGCGUAUGACUGGGAGUUCUUCUCCAUGGGCCCGUUCCACUUCCUGGUGGUCGCCAACACCUUCGACGGCCAGACCACCUGCAUCAGCUCCACGGUCUACGUGUGGCUGAACGGAGGCUUCCGGAGCUUCCAGAGCAUCCCGACGGUGGGAGCGACGGACUGGGAGACCUUUCAGAUUGACGGAAGGUUCUUCCUCGUCGUCGCCAACAGCCAGAAGGUCUCGACCCAUGGCCCGAAUCUCUACAGCAUCAACUCCACCGUGUACGAGCUCAACCGGCUCACACAGAGCUUCAUCCGCUUCCAGGACAUCCUCACGCACAGUGCUGUGGACUGGGAGUUCUUCACCGUGGGGGAGGAGAAGUUCCUGGUGGUAGCCAAUUCUCAUGACGGCAGCUCCUACUCUCUGAAUAGUGUCAUCUACAGGUGGCAGGGCUAUGAGGGCUUUGUUCCGGUCCACAGUCUGCCCACGUUCGGCUGCAGGGACUGGGAAUACUUCAUCACCCAUGAAGGCUCCUUCCUGGUGUACUCUAGCGCCACCUCCAGGCUCAGCAAGGUCUUCAAGCUCCGGACCUACUGAAGGGAACCAGGGCCAGAACCACCCCCUCACCUUCAGGCUCAGCAAGGUCUUCAAGCUUCGGACCUACUGAAGGGAACCAGGGCCAGAACCACCCCCUCACCUCCAGGCUCAGCAAGGUCUUCAAGCUCCGGACCUACUGAAGGGAACCAGGGCCAGAACCACCCCCUCACCUCCAGGCUCAGCAAGGUCUUCAGGCCCCAAAACACUUCAUGAUCCACCUCCGUCAUCACAGCACCAUCCACACCUAGUCCAUGGCAAAGAGGAACUUCUUAAUGAGUGAAAUGUUCGUAUUAAGGAGAAAAAAAGACUCGAAAAAACGAACUAAAUACGUUAUUCAAUGAUUUCUGCAGAAAAUCUGCAGAAUCCUGCAAAUAAUAAUUUGUAUUUAAUUUCUUUCAGAUUUUAAAUGCUGGUGUGACCACUUCCUUACAAUGUUGUAUUUUCAAAAUAACAGCGCACCUUAUUUUGAAAGUCGUGGUUCAUAUCGUUGACUGUAAACUGGAAGAAAGUUUUUUUUUUUUUUUUUACUGAUUUAAUUGACUCAUAAGCUAUUAUGGAAAUGUUACUUCAAACUGCCUCAGAUGUUUCUGACAUUACAUCAGAAUAUAUAUAUAUAUAUAUCACGGUUAUGGGAUGCAGCAUGUCGACGGUCAACACUAAAUAUUAUCUUUUUAUCGCUCUAUGUUGAGAGCUCUGCUGUUUAUUUGUAUUUCUGAAAUACAGAUUUGUGCCGUGACUUUUAUUGUGAAAUUCGUUGAACUCCAUGUGUCAUUGUUUUACACGUAGCCAAACUAAUUUAUUAUGCAAGUCCUAUUUAGCUGCAGUACAAAA